GGAAUGUAUUACUUUUUGAAAAAGAAACAAUGGAAUGUAUUUCUUUUUGAAAAAGAAACAAUGGAAUGUUUCGCAACUGUUAUUGGUGAAAACGGAAUAUAGACGACUUCUUGUCAGUUCGUAACAAAGAUGUGCAGGUCACGUUAUUCACUUGUAGCGAUGACUUUCUAGUAGCUGCUUUAUAUAUCAAUCCUUGCUAGAAACUUGAGAAAUUUCCUUGCAAAAAAAAAAUAAUAAUAACAAGGAAAAGAAAAUCUGACGGAUCGCUUCCUUUGGCUUUUUAUCGUGACCAUGACACACGACGUGUUCCUGAAUUUCCGAGGGGAUGAGAUUCGCAAAACUAUUGUGAGCCAUCUUGUCAGCUCGUUGAAGACCAAAUACAUCUCAACUUUCAUAGCCUCUGAGCCUUUCGAGGACCUGGAUCAUGAGGCUAUGGAACAGUCGCUAGUUGCGAUCCCCGUGAUAUCAAAGCACUACGUGAUUUCUGACUUCUGGAUGGAUGACCUCAGAAAGUUAAUAGAGUGUGAGAAGAUAGGAACUCUGACAACAAUUCCUAUAUUCUUCCAAGUUAAUCCUUUGGAUAUCUUAAGUCACGCAGUAGGAAAAUACGCGGACACGCAGAGUGAGACCUUGGAGAUGGUGCGGAAGUGGUUGUAUGCUCAGGUGUCUCGUAAACCUAGCUUCAAUUCCAAUGAUUGGGAGGACGACUCAGAGCUUGUGGAUAACAUUACUAGUUUCGCUUCUAAUAUCCUGACAUCUUCCACAUCAAGCUAUCAUAGUACUGGUUUAAGCCCGGCUAGGAGUUUGAAGCUAGAGAGUGCAUACAGCCCUUUAAAUUACAGAAUCCCUGACAAGUUUAAAUUUCAGACAUGGCAUUUUUCUCCCACCUUACUCCGAGGACAUUUUAAACUAUUCUCGUUGCCCCUGCUCAGUCCCCAAACCCAUCUGGGGAUGAAGCGUCGCCUGAAAGAGCUGCGUUCUGUAACAUUGCACACAGAUUCUACAGUAAUUGGUAUUUGUGGAACGGAAGGAGUUGGGAAGACAACUCUUGCCAAGCACCUUUACGAGGAGAUGUCACCACGAUUUCAGCACCAUAUAUAUAUGAAGAAUAACAUCAACAAGUUGCAGAGUAUACUAGAUAUGCUAAAUAGUGAAGUUUUUACGGGGAGCUCUGAUAAUGCCAUCAAGGAAAUGAUGGGGAACCGGAAGGUUCUGCUUGUUGUUGAUGGUGUAAAUGACAUGAAGCAGCUAAAAGGUAUAACCAAAGACGCGAGUUGGUUUGGUCCAGGAAGUCGGGUCAUUGUAAUCACACAAGAGAGGUCUUUGCUAACUGAAUGUGGAGUGAAACAAAUCUACGAGGUUGAGUGUCCUAGAUACGAGGAAGCUCUUGCUUUCUUCUCAGAGAUUGCUUUCAAGCAGAGCAACCCUCUCCCUGGUUUUGAAGGUCUCUCCUUUCGGGCUGUUCAUGUCGCUAAUCGUCUUCCUCUGGCCCUCAAACUGUUGGGAUCGUUCCUACGCGAUAGGGAAAAAGAUGUAUGGAUAAGUACAUUGCGUACCCUCGACGCAUCUCGUGAUAACUACGCUUCAGAGAUUAAUAGGUACAUUGGAGCAGAUGACUAUGCACCGAGACGUCCGAUCAAAGUGGAUCGACACAUUGGAGUAGAUGAAGCAAACUCUUUCCCGUUAUAUUGCUUGGCUCUGGAAUGAUCAGUGGGCAUGUUCAUAAGUCUACUUCAGUUGGAUUUGUUUGAAAAGAAUGUUGUGAAAACCCUGGUUGAAUAAGACGAACAAGGACAUAUGUUCGUCACUAAACUCUUUUGUAUAUUUAUCGUUUAUUAUGUGUGUACGUUUGUGUGUGUUUACUGUUUUAUUUCA